GGUAGCCGUCGCCGCGCCGGGCGAGACCGGUGCUUUUCGAAAGAGUUUCUCUCCCCUCCCAUCAGCCCUUCUUCUCUUUUACGAACCGCAAACGGAUGUGAGGCAGGGAAGGUGUUUCUUUCCCACCCCCCUCCUGCUUCUCCUCAGGCACCUCAGUUUUCAGGGGUUUCCCCGCCCCCCGCUUUCUCUCUCUCUCGUUUUGUUUUGUUUUGUUUUGCCUGAACGCCGACACGAAGCGGGAAGACGAGGAGUUUGCUUGAUGUUUUAGUGCGAUGGACGUACGAUUUUACUCGCCGCCGCCUCAGCCGCCGCCUCAGCAGCCGCCGCCACCCUCGCAGUCCGCCGCCGCUCCGGAGACCCCUUGCCUGGGACCUUCUCCUUGCUUGGACCCCUACUACUGCAACAAGUUUGACGGUGAGAACAUGUAUAUGAGUAUGUCAGAGCCGAGCCAGGAGUACGUGCCAGCCAGCCAGUCUUUUCCUGGCCCGAGUCUAGAAAGUGAAGAUUUUAACAUACCUCCCAUCACUCCACCUUCAUUACCUGACCAUUCACUGGUACAUUUGAAUGACACAGAAUCUGGUUAUCCUUCACUGUGCCACCCUAUCAACCAUAAUGGCCUGCUUCCAUUCCAUCCACAAAACAUGGACCUACCUGAAAUCACAGUCUCCAAUAUGCUUGGCCAAGAUGGAACACUGCUUUCAAAUUCACUGUCGGUGCUGCGAAACUGGACUAACAUGGCAGCUGAAGAAUUUGCUAUGCAAGAAUUACGGAAUACAGAAGGAGCUCAGUAUAGUUCCCACCCCCAGAUAGCAGCCAUGAGACCAAGGGUUCAACCCGGAGAUAUGAGGCAGCCUGGAAUGCUGCAACAUGGUCAGCUGACAACCAUUAACCAGUCACAGCUAAGUGCUCAGCUUGGUUUGAACAUGGGUGGAAACAAUGUUCCACAUAACUCCCCAUCUCCUCCUGGAAGCAAGUCUGCAACUCCUUCACCAUCCAGUUCAGUUCAUGAAGAUGAAGGAGAUGAUACUUCAAAGAUCAAUGGGGGAGAAAAAAGACCUGCCUCCGAUAUGGGAAAGAAGCCCAAAACUCCCAAAAAGAAGAAGAAGAAGGACCCUAAUGAGCCACAGAAACCUGUUUCUGCCUAUGCAUUAUUUUUCCGAGAUACUCAAGCUGCCAUCAAAGGCCAAAACCCAAAUGCUACCUUUGGCGAAGUUUCUAAAAUUGUCGCUUCCAUGUGGGAUGGCUUGGGAGAAGAACAAAAACAGGUGUAUAAAAAGAAAACAGAAGCUGCUAAGAAGGAAUAUCUGAAGCAGUUAGCUGCAUACAGAGCAAGCCUUGUAUCCAAGAGCUACAAUGAACCUGUGGAUGUUAAGGUAUCGCAGCAACCUCAGAUGAUGAACACAAAGCAGUCAGUAUUCCAUGGAUCUACACAGCCUCAUUCGGCAUUGUAUCUAAGUUCCCAUUACCACCAACAAGGAGGAAUGAAUCCUCACAUAACAGCCAUACAUCCCAAUAUUCCUAGGAAUAUAGCACCUAAGCCUAACAGCCAAAUGCCAGUGACUGUUUCCAUAGCCAAUAUGGCUGUGUCUCCACCUCCAUCCCUUCAGAUGAGUCCUCCUCUUCACCCGCACCUCAGUAUACAACAACACCAGCCACUUACAAUGCAGCAGUCCAUUGGGAACCAGCUACCAAUGCAGGUCCAGUCUGCUUUACAUUCACCUACAAUGCAACAAGGUUUUACUCUCCAGCCUGAUUACCAGAAUAUUAUCAACCCAACAUCUACAGCUGCACAAGUUGUUACCCAAGCGAUGGAGUAUGUUCGUUCAGGGUGCAGAAAUCCCCCAGCACAGAGUGUGGACUGGAAUAAUGAUUACUGCAGUAAUGGGGCCAUGCAGAGGGACAAAGCUUUGUACCUUACCUGAACAGUUUGGGAAAGCGCCUCUUCUUUCCACUGAGGAAUGCAGGGAAGUCUUUUCAUCCCAGAUUGCUAUAUGCAGUCAAGGCAGUUCUGCAUUUAUUUAGAAAAUAUAAGUUGCUAAGCACUUAGGACUAUUUAAGCUGGUGGGUCAUUCACUGGGGGGGGGGUAGUCUCGCUCCUUCCUCCACCCCCUUGUUUCUUUUUACUUUCUCCUUCAGCAUCCUUUAAAUGGACGUUGCUUUUCUUCUUUCAUUUAGGAAGGAGGCUUGGACCAUUCAGAUUUUAUGUUGGUUUUUAUUUUUGCUGUGAAGUGCUGCGCUAGUAACUGCCUUAGCAACUGUAGAUGUCUUGGAUAAAAGUCCUGGAUUUUCCAUUGGUUUUCAUAAUGGGUGUUUAUAUGAAACUACUAAAGACUUUUUAAAUGGCUUGAUGUAGCAGUCAUAGCAAGUUUGUAAAUAGCAUCUAUGUUACACUCUCCUAGAGUAUAAAAUGUGAAUGUUUUUGUAGCUAAUUGUAAUUUGAAACUGGCUCAUUCCAGUUUAUUGAUUUCACAAAGGGGGUUAAAUUGGCAAACAUUCAUAUUUUUACUUCAUUUUUAAGCAACUGACUAAUAGUUCUAUAUUUUCAAACUGUUUGAAAGAAAAAAAGGAAAAUUAUUCCCAAAUGAAUUUAAUUAAACAGAAAUUGGCUUUCUGUCAUUAGUUAUACAAAAAAAUGUUUAGUGUUGGGAAAAGAGCAAACACAUUUAUUUUGUACUGCCUAAAACUGCUUUUUUAUCACUUUAUGUGUAAUGGUUAGUAAACGUCAUUUACGUCCUCUUAUGUAUAAAACGGCCAAAUGCUUUCUUGAUAUUUUAUUAGAUGCUGAAACAGAUUGGAAACAUCUAAAUUAUAACCUUUACAUACGGCUAUGUAUUAUUGUUUCUUCAUACUGUGUCUGUAUUUAAUCUUUUUUAUGGAAGCUGUUGCGCCUAUUUAUGAAAUAAUAAAUAUAGGUGUUUGUAAGUAAAUUUGUUAGCAUCUUAAAGAAGAUUUUUUUUUAAACUACUUUUGUUGGCAUCAAUGUAUUUGCUGCUGGUGUGAAUACUUUUAGUUUAGUUUUUACAGUGAUAUGAAUAAAGCCAAACCAGCUUUUCAUGGCAGAAGAUGAAGGUAAUCAACAUUUAUUCUAUACUUCCUAAGUUGAUCUGUGACCAAAA